UGGACCAAGUAGAUAGAUAAAUCAAGCUAGUGAUCAGAUCAUUGAUUGUUUGUCUUUUAUUUAAAUUGAUAAUCGAUGAUCGGCUCCCAAAUCCUGAUCGUGUAAAGCUUAAUACUGUACAAAUUAUGACCAAGAUAGUAGGUCUCUUUAAACUGGCAUGUGAAGCUUUUAUUUUUGGCUCAAGCAGAAACCGGAAAAGCUGUGAAGUAUUUCUAACUUGACGUAGCGGUAUAUCUUCUUUUUUUUUCCCACUGAGCGGAAACGAGGGUCCCCACUUUUUUUUUUCCGCGUCAAGUUCGUGCCUCAAAGUUUUUCUUCUCUCUCUUCUUUUAAGUCAGAGACAUUGUCGCGUCAAGUCACGAUGGAAGCCAAAGAGACCAUUUUGUGCACUUCUUCCCGCUGAGGUCGACUCUUGCUCUAUUUUUUCUUUUUCUUUUUGGUUCUUCCCGCCGACGCCACUUUAGUGGCCAACUUUUGGAUGCCUUUUCGACACAUUUCCGUUAUGCGAAGUCCAAACUGUUGUGUUGUCGUCGUGCAGCGGUGGGUGCCCGUCCGAGAUAACGGAGAACUGAUUCUCAGCCGGUCUGGUUACUGCAAUGAAUGGUAACACAUUCCAUCCAGCCAGCACCACCGCAACAGUAGGAGGCGGCCCUGGCGUGGCGGCGCUCCCGAGAGGCUGGAGGGAGUUCUGCGAGCUGCACGCUAUCGCUACAGCUCGGCAACUCGCCGGACACUACCAAAGCUUCGCCAGGGAGCGCCCCCAGCAUGACGUCCUCCCGCCCGAGACCUUUUCCAAGCAGUUCACCGACCUCUUCCAGCAGCAUUUCCGCUGCGAGGUGGACAAGGACGGCACGCCUCUCCAGCAGAGCGCCUGUUCCGCCGCUCCGGGCGCCGCUCCGGCGGUUCCUCCGGUUCCAUCGCAGACCGUGAUAGGUCGAUUGCGAAUCGGCGCUUUGUCCGGCGUGCAGGACUACCGGGAGUCGGGUCGACAAAGCGGAGGUGCCGCUCUCUUCGCCGUGGUGUCGCCAAAAGUGGAGCCGGUGAGCAGGGAGCAAGAGCGGCCUCUUCGAUGUGCGGCGGGAAACACCCGUUCGGGAAACCCGGUGCUGCUCAAGGGCUUGACCCGUACCUUGGGCAGCGGGUCACUGUUGUUCCGUAGCCGUAGUGACGAGGAGCUGUCUGGCACAGACGCUCGACAAACACCCGACUCUUUGGCGCCCGGUCCGGCCCACGCUGAUGUCACGCACUUCUCCGUCAAUCAGAUUCGGCAGUCUGUCAGACGACUUUUUAAGAAACGGACCCUCCCCAGUCCGCCUUCGUCACAGGACCUGUCCGCCAACAACAACAACCCCGCCCGGUCCCUCAGCGGGCCCGUAAGCAGCACGGCGGCCUUGGCGUCUGAGCAAACAUUAGCCUCCUUGUCCCUCAACUCUGAAAGCACGCCCACGGCAUUGUCGCCGCUCUCAGGGGUAGCUUCCAACUUCUUGGAUCGUUUCCGCUGGUUACGCGGCGGGAGCGUGAGGCAGAGGAGGUCGGAGGUCAGCGGCUGCUGUAAAGAGGGCCAGCUGAGGUACUUGCUGGUGGACGACACCAUCUCAGACUCUUUGCCGCGAUGGCAGCGCUGCCGCCUGCUGGUCAGGAGGAUCCGGGACGCUGAAGGCGAGGGCUACCAGUUGGAGCUUUAUGAUCCCCCAAAGGCCUCUGCUCCCAAACUGACGACUCACUGCUCAGAUAUCCAAGAAGUCCGUCGCUGCAACCGGCUGGAGAUGCCUGACAACUUAAACACGUUUGUUUUAAAGGUUAACCGAGGAAGUUUGAUAUUCGAGACAGACAACGACCAGCAGGUCAGCUCCUGGACCACCGAGAUUAAAGAAUGCAUCAGCAACAGAUUGGGCAGUGUGGAUCUGGAGCCCCUUCCCUCCCCGGCUGACAGCGCCGUUUCGACCAAUCACAGGGCAAGCUCAGAGCCUGGAAGUCAAAGUGAUUGGCGGCCCGCUUCAUCCCACACGGCCCCCCAGACUCGUCCUGUCACAAUUAGCUGCCCAGUCACCUUGGCUCUGCCAGAGACGCUCAUCCACAAGACGGAUCACUUCCUUUUCUCCUACCCAUGGUUCCACGGGCACAUCUCACGCGUCAAGGCGGCCCACUUGGUUCAGAGCUCGGGGGCCGAGGGGCACGGCGUCUUUCUGGUGCGUCAGAGCGAGACGCGGCGAGGGGACUACGUCCUCACCUUUAAUUACCAAGGAAAAGCCAAGCACCUGCGGCUCUCGCUGACCGAGUGGGGGCAGUGUAGGGUGCAGCACCUGCGCUUCCCUUCCGUCAUGGAAAUGCUCAGCCACUUCCGCCUCUUCCCCAUCCCGCUGGAGUGCGGCUCCGCCGGCGCCGUCACGCUCUCCAGCUUUGUUGUGGCCGGCUCCAGCCCCCCAUCACAGGGUCAGCUCACUGGCGCCCUCUUGGUGCCGUUCUCGCUGCACCGCUGGAACUCGGAGCCCAACGUAGCUCAUUGCAGCGCGUCUCUCAGCUGCAGCCAGGCACCCUCCUCUUCGUCCUCCUCUUCCUCGUCCUCCUCCGCCGCCACGGGCACUUCCGGCCCGCAGCCGUUUCGCCGGGCCGUCCCGGCCCCGCCGCCUCCGUCGAGCGCCGCCGCCUCGGCUGCCCUACGCCGCAGCGAGUCUGCGGGCCGGCGAGCCCCGCUCCGCCACGGCAACCCGCCCGUCAUCCCCCAGCGAGACUCGGACUACGAGCUGGAGCCCGAGCGCGGACGCAAGCGGGCCAUUGAUAAUCAGUACAUGUUGCUCUGACCUCCCGCCGCCCGAAUCGACGAGAUGCACGCGGGUUCGAUGGCUUCCGCACGAGUGUCCGCAGUGAAUGUAUUUUGACGUUUGGCACAGGUGGGAAGCAGAUGGCUUGUCCUCAAGCCCAGCAAGCAAAAACUAUUUUUAUACGUUUUCUAAAGGCGAACUUUUGAAGGUUGGCUUCAACCAAUGCUAGCUUGAGGAAUUGACAGUUUUAUUUUGUAUUUUUUCAUAUUUAUGUUGGCUGCCUCCCGUCGCCUCCUUUCGUUACUUUGCUAGAUCACUUUUUUUAACCCCGACCCCUCAAAAGAAAGAAAGACUUUCAUUUUUGGCACAGCGCUCAAUUCCUUACACAACCAACAAAGCACUCUUCUUUCUCUUCUUUGAGUCUUCUGCUGCUCUGUCACAAUAUUUCUCACAUUUGCGCAUUAUUUAAAUAUGAAAGCUACGAGGCUCGCACGCUGAAGUUCUGGAUUUGAAUCCAGCUUCAGCUUCCUCUCGCAUGCAUGUCGUGUCAGUCAAGGAAUCUCAACUGUCCGCAGAUGUGAACGUGAGUGUGAAUGAUUGUUUGUCUCUAUGUGCCCUGUGAUUGGCCAGCGACUAGUUUAGGGUGUGCCCGGCCUCUUGCCCAAAAGUCAGCAAGCAGCCAAGAGGGCACUUUGGAGAUGACGUGUUUUAUUUUCUCCAGGAAUCCCAAAAACUUACAUCAACUCUUUCAUAGAGAGACCUUGCAAAAUUGUGUAAUUUGCCUUUCACACAGAAUCUUGUAUACACAUUCGCGGGUGUUAUUCUGCCACUUGUGGCCUGUGUCGUUUUGACACAGAGAUCCUGCAAUAUAGUGAAGCUCCGCCAUUGUAUAAGUCAUUUACAGAGAAGCAAUCUGCCGAGAUAUUUUUGCAUGUGUGCACUUUUUAACUGCAGCACAGCAUCCCGCAAUGCCAGCCUCUGGUGACAGAAGAACUUUUUUUUUUUAACCAAAAAUGGGCUCACUGGAACUGGUUCACAACCGGAAUUGGGCCAAUGCACAUAUUUGAUCUAGAUUUUCAAAUCUCAUGGGAUACUACCAAACCAAAAAUGACAUACAAAUUGUGUUUUCUGUCAUCCAAUGGACAAGUGUUUACUUUUUCUACCUGUCAGUAUACAUCGCUGGCAAAAAUAGAUGUUAGUGAUGAAUGAAAGCCCUUUAUACUCACUAAGGUGGCUGUUAUGAAAUAUUUCUUUAUUUGUGAGCCCAAGUGCCUCGUGCAUUUGAGCACCAUCACGCUUGUGUACAUUUUGUUUGGGUGAUUUAUGAACGUGGGAGUGUUAUAGAUAGAUAGAUAGAUAGAUAGAUAGAUAGAUAGAUAGAUAGAUAGAUAGAUAGAUAGAUAGAUAGAUAGAUAGAUAGAUAGAUAGAUAGAUAGAUAGAUAGAUAGAUAAGAUAGAUAAGAUAGAUAAGAUAGAUAAGAUAGAUAAGAUAGAUAGAUAGAUAGAUAGAUAAGAUAGAUAAGAUAGAUAAGAUAGAUAAGAUAGAUAAGAUAGAUAAGAUAGAUAAGAUAGAUAGAUAAGAUAGAUAGAUAAGAUAGAUAGAUAAGAUAGAUAGAUAAGAUAGAUAGAUAAGAUAGAUAGAUAAGAUAGAUAGAUAGAUAGAUAAGAUAGAUAGAUAAGAUAGAUAGAUAAGAUAGAUAGAUUAGAUAAGAUAUUUUUUUAAACAUGUCCAACUCUACUUUUUUAGGUUUGUUAUUUUUCCUAACACACACACAAGUAGCAUUAACUGUUUGGUGUGCAUCGUCACCACAACUACAAAAUCACAAAAUCUACGUCCACCCCGCUUUAUUUUGCGAGCAAUGGGAUGUCUUAACACUAACACGCGUCCGAUUGUUGUUGUUGUUGUUUUCUUUUGGCACUUCAACCAAAUGGAUGAGUGAUGUUGUUCUUGCAACUGUAACAUGUUGAGUCAUCGCGAGUCUCUGCUUCAAUUAAUUAAAAAGAUAGUGUGUUGUGCAAUAUUAAUUCCACAUAGCCGCAAUGUUCUCAUACGAUAUAUAUAUUUGUUUUUAACCAGUGGUGGGGAACUUUUUAUAUUUUCUAGUCCUCUGAGGGCCAAACUAAAUUACAAUGAACAAAUAUGAUACAAGUGUUUAUUGUUCAAUAUGAUGAGCGUUGGUGGGUUAAGGCUUUUUUUCUUAACUAUAUGUAACAGUUGAGGUUAUAUUUUAUUUUUUUCAACUUGCCCCACGUUGGGUUCCCCAGCCCUGCUUCAAGGCUUCAGCCACUUUUUUAAUGACCAUGAUGAUGGUUUGCUGCCGUUGUGCCUAUUGAGUUGAUUUUAAAAAUUUCCCAUUAAUGAAUUGAAUGUGUUCUCAAUACUGUUUGUGUUUACCUCAGCACUGUAAAGCUCCCCCACCCCAAGACCACCACCACAGAGCUUUUGAAUGAAGAUGUUGUCUUUGUGUUCACAAUCCUUUUUCACUCAGUUGUAAACCUUCUAAAUUAUAUAUCAACUGUACAUUGGACUUUUUUUUUCUUUUUUGGGGGGGAAAUAAACAACCAGACAAAAGCAUCCUACCACCCAGUACAUUUUUAAGGUAGUUACAAUUAACAUAUCUGAACAAUAUGAACUUUGUUUUGUUAAAGCAGUGCUUCUCAAUUAUUUUCUGUUACGCCCCCCCUAGCAAGAAGAAAACUAUUCGCGCCCCCCCUCCCCACCGUGACUAUCCUAACUUGUCUUGUAAAUCGUAAAAUGUUGCACUGUCGCAAACGUGACAGAAGUAACAAUGAGAGCGCCACUGCCCCCUGCUGUAGUAAACGCGCAAUUACACUUUAUUCUAGUACUGCCCAAAAAAAAGCCUGUUCCCCAGGGUCACACGCACCCCCCCAGGAAUAGCACCGCGCCCCCCAAGGGGGGCGCGCCCCACUAUUUGAGAAGCACUGGCCUAGGUGACUGAUUCACAAUUUGGUUUUGUCUGAUAUCAGAGAUUAAAUAAAGAAAACCAACUGGC